CGACACAGCCUCCAGUUUGCGGUGUAGCGGGAGAGGAGGCAGCGGCUCCGCAGGUUUCCCCUCAGUGCGGCAGGGCCCUGCUGGCCAACCGGGCUACCGGAACCGCCCCAGAGAGCCCUACGCACCUCCGGCCGAAGGCCUGACUAUCCCGGUGGGGAGCGGGAAGGAGGUGCCGGUGGCCUGAGGGGAAAAUGUCAUACCCAGGUUAUCCCCCCUCUGGUGGCUACCCUGCUUUCCCUGGUUAUCCUCCAACAGGACAAGAGUCCUACCCCCCAGCUGGGCAGUUCUCCUACCCUGCUGUCCCUGGGGGAUACCCCCCAGCAGGAGGAGGGACUUUUCCUGCAGCACCACCCACUGCUGGCUUCCCUGCCCCGGGGGGCUUCCCUGCUCCGGGGGGCUUCCCUGCCCCGGGGGGCUACACUGGAGCUCCCCAGGCUGGAGGAAUGCCACCUUACCCUGGAGCUCCCACAGCCCCUGGGUUUGGUGUGCCUCCUGCUGGCCCUGGCUUUGGUGGCUAUCAGCAGCCAUCUGCCCAAAGCUAUGCUGGAGGUGGACCAGCACAAAUUCCAGUAGGAUAUGGUGGACAAGCCCCAUCACCAAUGCCUGCCCCGCCUGCAGCAAUGGUCCAGUGUACCCAGGGCACAAUCCAAGCUGCUCCAGACUUUAAUGCUGAAAGGGAUGCAGAAAUCCUACGCAAAGCUAUGAAGGGGUUUGGAACUGAUGAGCAGGCCAUCAUCAAUGUUGUUGCCAAUCGCUCCAAUGACCAGAGGCAGAAAAUCAAGGCAGCUUUCAAGACAAUGUAUGGCAAGGAUUUAAUUAAAGAUCUGAAGUCUGAGUUAAGUGGGAACAUAGAAGAAUUGAUUCUAGCACUCUUCAUGCCUGGCACCUACUACGACGCCUGGAGCUUACGCCAUGCAAUGAAGGGAGCAGGCACUCAGGAGAGGGUGCUGAUCGAGAUCCUUUGCACAAGGACAAACCAGGAGAUUCGGGAGAUAGUGAACUGCUACAAAUCAGAGUUUGGAAGGGACAUUGAGCAAGACAUCAGAUCAGACACCUCAGGACACUUUGAACGACUGCUUGUAUCUAUGUGCCAAGGUAACAGAGAUGAGACUCAAACUGUGGAUUACCAGAAAGCCCAAGAAGAUGCUCAGCGGCUCUACCAGGCAGGUGAAGGGAAACUGGGAACCGAUGAAUCUUGCUUCAAUAUGGUUCUGGCAACCAGAAGUUUCCCCCAGCUGAAAGCAACAGUUGAGGCAUACUCCAGGAUUGCCAAUCGUGAUUUGUUAAGCAGCAUCGACCGGGAGUUUUCAGGAAACGUGGAACGUGGUUUGAAGGCUAUUUUGCAAUGUGCUUUAAAUCGCCCAGCCUUUUUUGCAGAGAGGCUUUAUCACUCCAUGAAGGGAGCUGGCACAGAUGACUCUACCCUCAUCAGAAUUAUUGUCACCCGCAGUGAGAUUGACCUUGUGCAGAUCAAACAGAUGUUCACACAAAUGUAUCAGAAGACCCUGGCUACAAUGAUAGCAAGUGAUACCAGUGGUGAUUACAGGCGUUUGCUGCUGGCUAUCGUUGGCCAAUAGAAGAGGAUUGUCUGGUUUUUUGUUUUCUUUUUUAAGAACUGGAGGUAACAUGUACGUGCUUUAUGCAGACACUGACUGUCCUUGCCUGUCAGAGUAAUGUCAGACUUUGUAUAAUCAAUCAGGUAUGUCUUCUAGAUGAUUGGAUAAGCUUCCUGCACUUUACGAUUGCCUUAAUUUACAGCACAUAUUAUUCUGUCUUGUAUAAUAAAAUAUAUAUCUUGUCUGUUA